CCAGAGAGAAACAACCUGGCCGGGGUGCGGCAGAUCGUGCUGGUGCUCUCCGGGAAGGGUGGCGUGGGGAAGAGCACCAUCUCCACCGAGCUGGCUCUGUCGCUGCGGCACACCGGGAAGAAGGUGGGGAUCCUGGAUGUGGACCUGUGCGGCCCCAGCAUACCCCGCAUGUUCAGGGUGCAGGACAACGACGUCCACCAGUGCGACAGCGGCUGGGUCCCCGUCUUUGUGGACCAAGACAAGAGCAUCUCGCUCAUGUCCAUCGGCUUCCUGCUGGAGAAGCCAGAUGAUGCCGUGGUGUGGAGAGGACCCAAGAAAAAUGCUUUGAUCAAACAAUUUGUUGCUGACGUGGCCUGGGGUGACCUGGACUUCCUCAUCGUCGACACGCCACCGGGCACGUCAGAUGAGCAUAUCUCCACGGUGGAGGCCUUGCGGCCCUACAAGCCGCUCGGAGCAAUCCUGGUCACGACACCCCAGGCCGUGUCUGUAGGAGAUGUGAGGCGAGAGCUGACGUUCUGUAAGAAGACGGGCUUACGAGUUCUCGGCAUCGUGGAGAACAUGAGCGGCUUUGUCUGCCCGCACUGUUCGGAGUGCACGAACAUCUUUUCCAAAGGGGGAGGUGAGGAGCUGGCCAAGCACGCGGGUGUCCCUUUCCUAGGCUGUGUUCCCCUGGACCCCCAACUCAGCCAGAGCUUGGAGGAAGGCAGAGACUUCAUCCAAGAGUUUCCCAAGAGCUCUGCCUUCCCUGCCUUGGCUCACAUCGCCCAGCAGAUCUUGGACGGUACGUCACAGCAGAGCUCCUGAGGAUGGCGCAGAGCUGGACUCCUGCCAGCUGAGCCCCUUGCCUGGCAGGACCACCAGCACCCCGUGCCGGCGGGGAAGGGGGAUCCAGAAGCUGUUUAGCUAUAAAACU